AUGCAACAUUCAAGGAUGUUUAAUUCGGGUUCCAGUAAGGCACCUCCACCAACCAAUGGAUCAAACACUAAUUUAAGAAUGUUCUCAAAUCAAAAACAAAUGUCAGCGAACCAUGCCAGUUUAACUAUUGGAAGAUCACGAACAAUAUCUAACCAAGCACUGCGUUCAACGUUAAAUAGAAAUGUCGGAAGUACCCUUAUAGUAAGUCGAAAAAAUAACCACUUUUUGGAUAAACCCAGUGAGUCACAAUUUGGCCUUAGUAGAAUAAAGAGUAAUCCUCAAAAUGAUGAUGAUAUGAAAAUACCCAUAGUUGUUACUGUUUGGUUCCAUGAAUUACGCGAUUCAAGUGAAGAUGUAUUAGUAACGGCCAAUUCUAUCCCUGGUGGAUUUCAAGUUGGUCAAGUUUUUGAACUUCUGUCACUCGAAGAAGGUAAAAAUAAAAAGUUAAUUUUUAUUUGCAGUGUUAAUAACAUACGGAAAGACCAGGAUGAUACAGAUACCAUUGAAGGAACAAAAUCAAAAUUCCAAAUUUCAUUGAUGUCAGCUCCAUUGCAAAAAUUAUUAGACCUACCGCCUAGGGCUCAAAUGGUAUUGAGGAAAAUUUCAAAAUUGGAAACCGUUACUCUUGAUUUAGUGGAGAUUUUCAUCAAGGAUGUAAAUUUAUCGAGAGAUGGGAUGUGGAAUUUUUCAUCUUCUUUGGUUGAUACCUGUACAUAUACUGAUCAAAGAUUGGUGUAUUUAGGUAGCAGAGUUGGUACCGUUAAACAUAUGUAUAAAAAUGGUAAAAGUGUGUUUUCGGGAUAUAUUGGUAAAGAUACCAAAAUAAUAUAUCGUUCAGAAAGUGCAAAACUUACUAUAUUUAUUCAAUUGUCGAGAGAAAUGUGGCAUUUUGAGGAAGAUGGAGAAAUAAUGUUUCAUAAGUUGGUAAAUAAUUUAUUUCCAGAGAUUUUUCGUCGUUGGAGAGAACGAAACACACAUCAUUCAAUUACCAUUGUUUUGUUUACCAGUAUUGAUCUUACAGAUAUUCCAUGGACUAAUUUACAACCAGGCGAAAGACCCCCGCAACGAAGAGACUUUUUCAGAGUGGUGGUUGAUCAAGUUAAUAACAUGCAUUGGGAUAAAAUCAUGGCGGAUUUAAGACUUGAAUUUGCCAAUUUCAAACGAGAUACCAUGUUGAAUUUAGAUGAUGAUGGGAAAUUUAUCAUUGAAAAUGGUACAUUACCUGCCAUUAAAGGUAACCUACUAGAAGCCGUUAAUUUAGGGUUGACAUCUAUUAAUGAUAGAUUUAGAAACACGGAUCUUAAACAUUCGUUGAAUCAUAUUAUGAUAAUUACUCCAGGAGCAGGGUUGUUUGAUGUUGAUUAUGAUUUGUUAUUAGAGACAAGUAAAAAAAUAUCCAGUAUUGAUACUAGUUUAGAUAUCAUUUGCCUUAGUCAGCCACCGUUGCAUGUUACUCCGUUAUUCAGAUACUUCAAAGAUGGUAAAGUUUGCCAUUGUGUACCUAUUUGGUGUGAUAUAUCUUUUUAUCAAGAUAAAUUGGAACAAGGUUUUCAAUGGAUUCCUAGAUGUAAGAUUUAUGAAUUACAAAUGAUGGGAGUAAUGGAAAACGAAGCCAGCGAUGCCAAAAUUCCUCGAUUUCAUCCAAAUAUUCAUGACAAGUCACUAUUGGAGGUAAUGGAUUCCUACGAUGCCAAUGUGUUUAAACCUGUCAAACACAUUCAACCACAAGAGCAUUAUUAUGACCAUGACAAACAACAACUCCACAAACAGCCCCUUCGGGAUUUCAAAAUUGGGGAGCCGAAAAUCAAACAUGAUAGACCCAAGUUUCAAGCUCCUGUUAUUAAAGAUGCCAAUGCUACGCUUUCUUUGAUGUUGAGCAACAAGCCCAUAUUACAACCAAGUAAUGGUUCGACUAUUUCCAUCGCUUCAGGGACAGUUGUUCAUCCAGUGAAUGAUAAAUCUGCAUUGUCUUCUUUGUACCAUAUAAACAAGAACAGUGACGACAUCAAAUCUCCGGCACCUUCAAUAAUGAGUGAGACUGCACCUUCAACUAUUCGAAAUAUUGAAACUUUUAGAAAGUCUGCUGGUUCUCCUCGAAUAAUCAAAGGAGAAACGUUGUUUACAAAGAAAGAAGAACCGAAACCCAUUCGACCAUCAAUACCUAAUGAAAGGGCAAAAUUGCCUAGAAAGAAAUCAUCUAUUUUGGUGGAACCAGAAAUGGAUACCUCUACCGGUCAAUUUUGGAUUGAAAUUACCAAUCCUUCAAGAGACACAACUACCAAUGUUCUUCAGAGAAGUCAAGUCAGCAGAUGGAGUAAUAUCUUUCCUGAUAAGAUUCAAAGGAAAUUGAUCAAAUGGAGAUCUUUCCAAGCCCCUGCUGCUUUACCCACGGUUACAGGUGUGUUUCCUUCUAAGAAUCAACUUGAAACGGAUUACAAGUUCCAAAUUUAUACGGUAUUCUUAAAUUCUGAUAACUAUUGGGAGUUGAAAUCUACCCAUGCUUUAAUGAGAGAGAUGAUUCAACUUAGAUUAAUGUUGGGAUUUCAAAUAUGUUAUGGAGAAAAAGUUAAUCGAGCAGAAGCAGAGAGGAAACCUUCCGGUAGUGCUGAGAGUAUUAUUAAAUAUUUCCCUACAGAAGAUAAUUACCUUGGUGCAAGAAUUUACAUGUCAUUAGAAGACGAAAUCCAUCGAAUCUUUUGUGAUUACAACGGUAAUAUAAAUGUUCAAUUAUACAGAAAGAUGAUUCCUUCAGAAGAAAAUAAAAUAACCUUGGGUCAAACUAAAAUUAAGCCAUAUUUCCCACUUAUUAGAACUCGAUACACUGACGAAUAUACUCCAGCCCGUAUUGAUGCUAUUGCUGAUGAAUCACAAAAGUAUAAUUGGAAUCAAUUUGAUCAACUAUUAGCAGGAUUUGAUGAUGCAAUGCCAGAAGAUAAAAAAGAAUUUCAUAAGAUGAAAUUUGUGGUUAUGCCUACGGAUAUUCCAAAAACUGCAUUUUUCAGUAGUAAUGAAAAGUUAACUGCAGAGGAAAUUAGAGUAGAAGGUUUACUUAAAUUAAUUAGAGCGAUCAAAACUGGAGCAUACAAGGGGAAUGACAAAUCAGACAAAACACGUACUCGUCGUGAAUCAGAGGUGUUGUUUUAUACGGGUAAUUUAUAUGAUUUCUUGAAUGAAGAAGCCCAGAAUUAUGAUAUUACGGGAACUCAACCUGCAUUGAUGAUACCAGAAUCAUCAAGAUUUAACAAGUCCAUCAAGUUAUCUGAAUUAGCCAUUGAGUUGCAAAACAGAGCAACGGGGUUAACAUUAGUCGAUAGAAAUUGGCAUUUUAAGAAGCAUCUGUACUGUUUUGUGGGAAGUGAAUUUGUGUCCUGGUUGGUUGACAGUUUUGAAGAUAUUGAAUCCAGAGAGCAAGCAGUAUCAUACGGUCAAAGCUUGAUGAAUAAAGGAUUGUUUAAACAUGUUGAACAACGUCAUGGAUUAUUAGAUGGACAUUAUUUUUAUGCUUUUGAAGAUGAAUAUGCUGAUAAGUCAAAUAGAGGUAAAUCUACAGCGUGGUUUGGUAGUAAAAAAUUCGAAGGGGUGGCUUCACCAAAGUUCAAUACAUCUCCAAGAAUCCAAGGACAAACAGAUUUACAAAAAGUUUCUUCGUCGCUGAAUGUCACAUCAGAAGCGUCAUCUAUGGCUGACUCUACGGUGGGUAGAAAGCGGAAGAAGUUUAUUUUGAGUCGUGCUGUUAAGUUUGACGUUGAUCCUUUAGGUAAGUCUUUCCGUCCUGAGUUUAUUACUGUGCAUUAUGAUAGAGUACAUAAUCCAGAACAUUGUUACCAUAUUCGAUUACAAUGGUUAAACACAACCAAUAAGUUUAUUGAAGAUAGUAUUAUUGCUUGGUCUAGAUUAUGUGAAAAACAUGGGUUGAAAUUAGUUGAAACUCCAUGGAAAGAAUUAUGUAUACUUCCAAGACUUAGUCCAUUCCAUUCAUUUGUUGAUGUUAAAUUGUCACUUAAUCCAUGGACUGAUCCGGAUCUUGCAGACGAUGAAAUAUUUUCAACAAAUAAAUAUUUCUAUCAUUCCUAUUUUUUGAAGAAAUUAGGAUACUAUUUAGAUAAUAGAUCAACGUCAUUUUUCCUGCGUGAAAAUAUUGAUAUUGGAUACAGUUGGGGUGUACCAUCUUUUAGAUAUGCCCAAUUCAUUCAUAAAUCGGGGUUCUAUAUUGCUGAGUUGAGAGAUAAUGGUGAUUUCUUUUUGGCUCCAAAUAAUAUGCACCUUGCUCGAGUUGGAUCAACCGCUACUAUGGUUGGUGAUUAUGAAAGUAAUGCUAAAGCCGUACAUACCGACUCACAUAAGAUUAUGCUUACUUUUAGAGCUGCUUGUCAAAAUGUUGAAUUUUUAAGAGAAAUUUUCACCACGGCGAAAGCACAUUCAAAAGAAGAGUUGUUUUCCUUAAUCUCGUGA